AUGGAAUUUCAGAAGCCGAAACUGAUACUUCAUAUGGAUAUAAACAAUACCAUUAUUAUGAAGGAUGAUGCACAAGGAUAUUCAUUUGAUUUUUCAGUAUUCUUUAUGCAGAUAAAAAGAAUUUUAGCCACUCAGUGCUGAGGAAUUGCUGAAAAUGGGGUGUGGAAUUUUGCUGUGACAGAACCAUUUUUAUCUAGACCUGAUGAUAGCAUGAUUUCAUAUGAGUAA